AAAUUUGUCAUGGGGAAUUUUGCCCAAAAACGAAAAAGAAAACGAGGCUCACAACAUGUGCCUGAAGAUUUUGGAAACGGUGACAGCCCUAUAAAAAUUACGAAAACCGACCAAUCUUGUGUGUUUAAUCCAGGAAAUCAUGAAGCUGAGAUGUGCUAUGGAGGAGAAGCUGAUCUACACAAACGUGUAACUGGCUGCAAGAAGAAUCCAGAUCACAGAGGAUUUAUACCUCUUAAAAACUUCAACAAAUACUGCCUCCCCUCACGUUACCAUGACGACGAGCUCAUGCUGGAGACGAUCAAAGCGUCGGCUGCUCUGACUGUCCAGGUGAAGACUAAAUUCACCAGUCUAGAGAGACCAGAGUUCUACCCAGGGACGGUGGUCCCUUAUCCGUGUUAUAACGACCGAGGGGGUACUGUCUUGAGACUGGGGACGGGGAGGGUGUGCCGCGUACACAAGUACUGCGACCGGAUGUGUCAGUGUGAGAAAUGUCAGGUCUCUGCCACGCCCAGCAAAGUGUGGGGGGUGAUUAGUGUGGUGACAGCCACACACGUGGUUUUUGAUGACAGCGAGGCGAGACAGACCAGGUGUGUUUUUGGUUUUGAUGAUGAUAAAAGUCACGUGGUGUACCUGGCUGGGUGGGAGGUGGCGAGGGCGAAUAUCGAGGGAGAUCGCUGUGAGAUGAGAUUUGUGACGUGUGACUUAGAACUGGUUGACCAACUGGCUAUGAUGAAACAGCGAUUUGUUGAACUACACAGGAAAGCUAAGGG